UGGGGGCCGAAUCGACUUCUCGAUAAAGUUAUGGCUGUCGGCGUUACGGCUACUGCUUUCCUCCGGACUCCAUUUCCACCACGUCUCGCCCUCAUAUCCUCCACCGCUCGCCCUAUCCCCCCGAAAUCCUUCUUUCCAUCCAUUUUAGCUGCAAAGCAGAUGGAGGCAGCGAGUCCAGCUGCGGAUAAGAUGGAGCAAGAAACGAGGAUUGAGGGAAAGAAGAAGAAGAUCUUCGUCGCAGGGUCUACCGGCAAAACCGGGAAGAGGAUCGUCGAGCAGCUGCUUUCGAAGGGAUUCGAAGUGCGGGCAGGUGCUCUCGAUAUCGAUAAGGCGAGAAGCAGCCUUCCGCAGGACCCCAAUGUGCAGAUUGUGAGGGCAGAUGUCACGGCGGGGUCGGACAAGUUGGUUGAAGCUAUUGGUGAUGCGGAGGCGGUGGUUUGCGCCACGGGGUUUCGGCCUUCGUGGGAUAUCUUUGCUCCAUGGAAGGUAGACAACUUUGGCACCGUGAACCUUGUAGAAGCAUGCCGCAAAAUUGGGGUUAACAGAUUCAUUCUUAUCAGUUCCAUUUUAGUAAAUGGAGCUGCAAUGGGCCAAGUCUUUAAUCCAGCUUACAUAGUUUUGAAUGUGUUUGGACUUACUUUGAUAGCAAAGCUGCAGGCAGAGCAGUACAUUAGGAAGUCUGGUAUAAAUUAUACAAUCAUAAGGCCUGGAGGGUUGAGAAAUGAUCCCCCAACUGGAAAUAUAGUCAUGGAACCGGAGGAUACUCUUUAUGAAGGUUCCAUAUCUAGAGAUCAAGUUGCCGAAGUUGCCGUCGAAGCAUUAUUCUGCCAGGAUUCUUUCUACAAGGUGGUGGAGAUUGUUUCUCGCAUUGAUGCUCCAAAACGUUCACUAGAGGAUCUGUUUAGUGCUAUUAAACAAAACUAAUCAUGUUUUGUGAGGCAUUAUGUGGUAUAGCUUGCAACAUUCUUAAUGUCUUCCUUUUAAUUUUUUGCUGCAAUGUUUGUUCCCUCUUUUUUCAACUAAAGGAUGGAAAGUUAAACCCAGCCAUUUCACAUAAUGGAAUUAUAUAUUUAUGCUAA